UCCAGAUCCCAGCCCCGCACUGUCUCGGUAUAAAAGCGCCGCCGCCUCCCCACCCUCCCUCACUCGCCCAGCAGCCUGGAGCGCGGCGGUGCCUCACAGCUCGCAGGGAUUUGUUUUUUUUUUCCCCUGCCGAGGGAGGCGCCUUUGGAACUAACCGUUUUCUUCCCCUCCCUCCUUUUUCGCUGUCGUCGCCUGUGGGGAGAAGAGCAAGGAAGGCGCCGAGGAGGAGGCGGAGGCGCAGAGGGGCUUGCUAGGAUGGCGACGGUAGUGCUGGAACCGGAGUCGGAGCCGUCUUGUAGCCUCCCCAACGCGGUACCCCCCUCGCCUAGCCUGUCGCACCGCUUUCUCGACAGCAAAUUUUAUCUCCUGGUCGUUAUAGGCGAGCUGGUCACUGAGGAGCAUCUGAGGAGAGCUAUCGCCAAUAUAGAGCGAGGAAUCCGAUCAUGGGACACAAACCUAAUUGAAUGCAACUUGGAUCAAGAACUUAAACUUUUUGUGUCUCGCCAUUCAGCUCGAUUCUCUCCAGAUGUGCGAGGACAGAAAAUCCUUCACCACAGAAGUGAUGUCUUAGAAACUGUAGUCCUGAUUAACCCUUCAGAUGAAGCAGUCAGCACUGAGGUGCGUUUAAUGAUCACAGAUGCUGCAAGACACAAGCUCCUGGUACUGACUGGGCAGAACUUUGAAAACACAGGCGAGCUCAUUCUUCAGUCUGGCUCUUUCUCAUUUCAGAAUUUUAUUGAGAUCUUCACAGACCAAGAGAUUGGAGAAUUAUUGAGCACUACUCACCCUGCCAACAAAGCUAGUUUAACGCUUUUCUGUCCUGAGGAAGGGGACUGGAAGAAUUCGAACCUUGAAAGACACAAUCUUCAAGAUUUUAUCAACAUUAAACUCAACUCUGCCUCUAUCUUGCCUGAAAUGGAAGGACUUUCUGAAUUCACAGAGUACCUGUCAGAAUCAGUGGAAGUUCCAUCACCUUUUGAUAUCUUGGAGCCACCAACAUCAGGAGGCUUUCUGAAGCUUUCUAAACCUUGCUGUUACAUUUUCCCAGGUGGAAGAGGAGAUUCUGCAUUGUUUGCAGUUAAUGGAUUCAACAUGCUUAUCAAUGGGGGGUCAGAGAGAAAAUCUUGCUUCUGGAAACUCAUCCGGCAUUUGGACAGAGUGGAUUCAAUUCUGCUCACCCAUAUUGGAGAUGAUAACUUGCCAGGAAUAAAUAGCAUGCUGCAACGGAAAAUAGCUGAAUUGGAAGAGGAGCAAUCACAAGGCUCUACUACCAACAGCGACUGGAUGAAAAAUCUAAUAUCACCUGAUUUAGGAGUUGUAUUUCUUAAUGUCCCUGAAAGCCUAGGAAACCCUGACCCUAAUUUUCAGUUAAAAAGAAGUGUAGAGGAGGCUUGUUUUACACUGCAGUACUUAAAUAAGCUGUCUAUGAAACCAGAACCCCUUUUUAGAAAUGUAGGAAACAACACUGAACCCAUUAUCCUAUUUCAAAAAAUGGGAGUAGGAAAGCUUGAAAUGUAUGUGCUCAACCCUGUCAAAACCAGCAAAGAGAUGCAAUAUUUCAUGCAUCAGUGGACAGGUACAAACAAAGAUAAAGCUGAACUGGUGCUGCCAAAUGGUCAAGAAGUGGACAUCCCCAUUUCCUACUUGACUUCAAUCUCAUCUUUGAUUGUAUGGCAUCCUGCAAACCCUGCUGAAAAAAUAAUCAGAGUUCUUUUCCCAGGAAACAGUUCCCAAUAUAGCAUACUAGAUGGACUAGAAAAGCUCAAGCAUUUAGACUUUCUUAAGCAACCAACAGUUACACAGAAAGAUCUAAGUGGCAAUGCAGCAAGUCCAGCAGUGAAACAAGCAAAACUUAAACAGCGAACAGACAGUAAGGAAAGUCUCAAGCCUGCCACAAAAUCGCUAUCUAGCAAGACAGCCAGAAAAGAAUCAAGAGAGGAGGCGCCUGACAUAGGGAAAUCUAGCCCACCUGAAAAGACUCAAAAAGUAGAAAGUAAAGAAAAACCCACAGUAAAAAAAGAUAAACCUGGAAAAGCUGAGACUAGGCUUUCUGUGACAGAAAAAGAUUUGACAGCUAAAGAACAGCAGCUUGUGAAAUCUGAAACAACUGAAAAACAAGCAGCAGAUGUUAAACCAAAAGUAAUAAAGGAGAAGCAUGUGAGAAAGGAAGUGAAAGUAAAAUCUGAGGAAAAGCAAGAGGAGAAAGAAAAGCCAAAGAAAGAGGUGCCUAAGAGGGAAGAAAAAAUCCUUGCUAAGAAAGAAGAAAAGCCUAAAAAGGAAGAUACUAAGAAAGAUGUGAAAAAGGAAUCUAAAAAAGAAUCAAAGAAAGAAGCUCCUCCAAAAGAAUCUAAAAAAGAAGAGAAAAAAGAAGUUAGAAAGGAAGAAAAGAAGGAGCCCAAGAAGCUUCUUAAAGAAACAAAGAAAACAUCUGCUUCUUUGCCUGACUCAAAAAGGACUGCAACAAAGCCUAAGCCACAAAAGAAGGAAGAGUCUGUCAAAAAAGAAAGUGGGCUUCUUGGGAAACCAAAGGAAAAAGUUAAAAGCAAGCCACUGAAGAAAGAGAUCAAGGUUACCGAAACACCAGCUGCAGCGGCUGCUUUGGGAGCUGUUGCUGCAACUGUGGCAGCUGUAGGUAUAGCGGCUACUGGAAAAGAACUUGAGGUGGAGCGAUCGCUCAUGUCUUCACCAGAGGAUUUAACAAAAGACUUUGAAGAAUUAAAAGCUGAAGAAGUUGAAGUAGUAAAGGAAACAAAGCCUCAGGUAGAUAUAAUAGAAAAUGAGGGCAAGUUAACGGAUAUAGAACAAAAGGAGGAUUAUGAAGUUCAGAAAGAAAAAACAGAAGGUCCCGAUGAUUCUCCUGAUGAAGGCAUAACUACCACUGAACCUGAGGGAGAAUGUGAACAAACUCCUGAAGAGCUGGAGCCUGUAGAAAAGGACAGGGUUGAUGACAAUGAAAAAUUUGAAGAUGAAGGGACAGGUUUUGAAGAAUCUUCUGAGGCAGGUGACUAUGAAGAAAAGGCUGAGACAGAGGAGGCCGAAGAACAAGGUGACAAUGAGGAAGAAGGGAUACCACUAGGCCUCAAAAAGCAAGAUAUGAAGGAUAUAAUAGAAACUGGGGAGAUUGAAAAAGAAAUGACUACAAUAUCUGAGUAUGAGAAAAUGAAAGGUUUAAAAUAUGACGAAAAAGCUGAGUUUAAAGUAGAGGGUGAAGAGCAGCGAGAUGAAGAAAAUGCAGAUGAAACAGUUGAAAAGGCAGAAAUAGAAGAGACUGAGGAGGAAGACAAAACUGAGGAUGUCAAAGAUGAUGAUGAUGAAACUGAAAAAAUAGAAGUUGAGGAAGACUAUGUUAUGGCUGUUGUGGACAAAGCAGCAGAAGCUGAUGAGAUUGAUCAUAAAUAUGGCUUACACAUAACUACUCCAACAAAGCAGUCUCCUGCUAAGGAACCAGCAUCUUCAAUCCAUGAUGAAACUUUGCCUGGUGGUUCAGAAAGUGAAGCAACGGUUUCAGAUGAAGAAAACAGAGAAGACCAACCUGAAGAAUUCACUGCUACUUCAGGAUAUACCCAGUCCACUAUUGAAAUAUCCAGUGAGCCAACUCCAAUGGAUGAAAUGUCAACUCCAAGAGAUGUGAUGAGUGACGAAACUAAUAAUGAAGAAAGUGAAUCCCCUUCCCAAGAAUAUGUUAACAUUACUAAGUAUGAGUCGGCACUGUACUGUCAAGAUUUUACUAAGCCUAAACUUUCACCACUUCCUGAUGCUUUCAAUGGGUUAUCUGAAGGAUCCAAAACAGAUGCUACUGAAGGCAAAGAUUAUAAUGUUUCAGCUUCUACCAUUUCACCACCUUCUUCAUUAGAGGAAGACAGAUUCAGCAAAUCUUCUUUCCAAGAUCUGUACCGCCAACGAGAAAAUGAAGUCAAAAGUACUACUAAAUUAGAAAUUUCAGAAGCUUUUGAUGAGAAACAUAGUCCAACUAAGAGUCCAGAUGAAAGUCCAGCCCCUCUAUCACCAGUUUCUAGAACACCUCUUAGUGAACGUAGUGUGAACUUUUCUUUGACUCCCAAUGAGAUUAAAGUGUCAUCUGAACCUACAACCCUCACAGUGCUGCCUGAAAAACAUGCUGAAACCCACGAAGAGCACUGUCCCAGCCCCGAUGAUAAAACAUUAGAAGUGGUGUCCCCUUCUCAAUCAGCUGCUGGUAGUGCUGGGCACACACCUUAUUAUCAGUCUCCCACAGAUGAAAAAUCAAGUCAGCUUCCAUCUGAGAUUCCUGGAAAAGUAACAGAAGUACCAAUCAGCUUUGAAGUUAAUGAUGCCAAAGAUAGUACUGCAAAACAUAGAAUAAGCCCAAUGGAUGAACCAGUGCCUGACUCUGAAUCACCAUUUGAAAAAGUGCUCUCGCCUUUACGAAGCCCACCACUGAUAGGUUCAGAGCCUUCCUAUGAUGCAUUUUUGAGUGCUGAUGUAAAGUCUCCUGUCAGAGAAACUGAGAGUCCCUUUGAAGAGAAAAGUGAAAAAGAUGGGUCUCCCUUGCAGAAGAGCCCAGUUUCUGAAGAAACUUCUACAAGUGUUUUCCAAGAACAGCAAGUUGAAAAAGACAUGCAGCUUACAUCACCAAAAUCAGACUUUGUCUUAGAAAAGAAAAGGGGUGACUUAGAACCUUCAGGAACUCAGCCUGCACUGGUUUUGGAUGAAAGGAAGCUAGGUGAGGUUUCUCCUACACAGGUAGAUAUUAGUCAUUUUAGCUGCUUCAAAGAAGACACCAAAAUGUCAAUUUCUGAAGGUACAGUCUCUGAUAAAUCUGCAACACCUGUUGAUGAAGUUGUAGCAGAAGACACUUACUCACAUAUUGAAGGAGUUGCCUCUGUUUCCACAGCAUCUGUUGCUACUAGUUCAUUCCCAGAACCAACCACUGAUGAUGUAUCUCCUUCACUGCAUGCUGAAGUUGGAUCUCCUCACUCUACUGAAGUAGACGAUUCUCUUUCUGUAUCUGUUGUACAAACACCAACAACAUUUCAGGAAACAGAAAUGUCUCCAUCUAAAGAGGAGUGCCCAAGACCUAUGUCCAUUUCUCCCCCAGAUUUCUCCCCUAAAACAGCAAAAUCAAGGACACCUGUUCAAGAUCAUAGGUCUCCUGAACAAUCAACUAUGUCAGUAGAAUUUGGACAAGAUUCACCUGAGCAGUCUUUGGCAAUGGACUUCAGUAGACAGUCUCCUGAGCAUCCCUUAGUAGGUGCUGCUAUACACCAUAUAUCUGAAAAUGGUCCAACUGAAGUUGAUUAUAGCCCUUCAGACAUGCAUGAGCACUCUUUUCCACAUAAAAUAUCACCAGUGGAGCAAGCGUGUUAUGGCCAUGAAAAGGAUAUUUCAGAGAUUAUUUCAGUAUCUCAGAUUGAGGCUUCACCAUCUUCCUCCUCUGCUCAUACACCAUCACAGGCAAGUUCUCCACUGCAAGAAGAAACUGUAUCAGGUGUUACACAGCCUAAUGAGAUACCAUUACAUCCUACAUUUCCAUCAGAAAAAAUGCACAGCCUGGGAGAAAAACUUUCACCAAAAUCUGACUUAUCUCCAUUAACACCACGGGAAUCCUCUCCUUUAUACUCACCUAGUUUUUCAGAUUCACCUCCUGUGAUGAAAGAAACAAUGGCUGCUAGCCAUUCACCUCCAUUAUCAUUGCAUAUGUCUCCAGACAAAUCAUUUGGCUAUCAUACUUCAGUAGUUCAAGAUCCUCUAACAAAACAUAGUCAAGAGCUCCUAGCCUGUACAGAACAGGAGGAUGUUGAGGAAACAACCAGAUCACCUGAAGCUCUUAAUUACUCUUACAAUGGAACUGGAAAAACCACCAGAUCUCCUGAGGCUGUUAGUUAUUCCUAUGAAAAAACAGAAAAAGUCACUGGAUCCCCUGAAGCUCUUGAUUAUUCCUAUGUAGCAACAGGGAAAACCACUAGAUCACCUGAGGCUGAACGUUAUUCCUAUGAAACAACAGAAAAAGCCACCAAGUCACCAGAAGCCUUUGAUUAUUUCUGUGAAAAAACCACCAGAUCAUCUGAGUCUGUCAGUUACUCUUAUGAGACCCCUGAAAAAACUAGCAAAUCACCCGAGACUAUUAGCUACACUUAUGAGACCACUGAAAAAACUAGCAAAUCUCCUGAGACUGUCAGUUACUCUUAUGAGGUGACAGGAAAAACCAGCAGGUCACCUGACACUGCUAGCUACCACUAUGAGGCUGAUAAAUACUUUGCUUCAGAAAAACCAGAGACCCGUCAAGAUGUCGAUUUAUGCCUUGUUACUUCCUGUGAAUACAAGCAUCCCAAAACAGAACUUUCACCUUCCUUUAUCAACCCUAACCCCUUAGAGUGGUUUGCGAGUGAAGAACCAUCUCAGGAACAAGAGAAGCCGUUAACUCAGUCUGGGGGUGCUCCACCACCUUCGGGAGGAAAGCAGCAAGCACGCCUAUGUGGUGAAACCCCUCCAACCUCUGUAAGUGAGUCUGCUCCAUCACAGACUGACUCAGAUGUGCCCCCUGAAACGGAAGAGUGCCCUUCUAUUACAGCAGACGCUAACAUUGAUUCAGAAGAUGAGUCUGAAACUAUUCCAACAGAUAAAACCAUUACAUAUGAACACAUUGACCCUCCACCAGUCCCAAUGCAAGAUCGCAGCCCUUCCCCUAGGCACCCUGAUGUCUCAAUGGUAGACCCAGAAGCCUUGCCUAUUGAUCAGAAUUUAGGUAAGCCUUUGAGGAAAGAUCUGAAAGAAAAGACAAAAACAAAAAAGCUGGGCCCCAAGACCAAGUCUUCCUCGCCUGCCAAGAAGAGUGAUAGCAAAUCAAAACAGGCGGCUUCACCAAAGCCUGCUGGCUUGAAGGAAUCAUUGGAUAAAGUUUCAAGAACAGCUUCUCCAAAGAAGAAGGAGUCUGUGGAGAAAGCUGCCAAAAAUGUCUCCACUCCAGAGAUAAAAUCUUCCCGUAAUGAGGAGAAAGAUAAGGAAACCAAGAACGCAGCCAAUUCUACAACAUCGAAGUCAGCAAAGACUGCAACUGCAGGACCUGGAAAUGUCAAACCAACAAAAUCUAUAGCUGUCCCUCCGGGGCCUCCUGUGUAUUUAGACCUGGUCUACAUUCCCAACCACAGCAAUAGCAAGAAUGUUGAUGUAGAGUUUUUCAAGAGGGUGAGGUCAUCCUACUACGUGGUGAGUGGGAAUGAUCCUGCUGCUGAAGAACCAAGCAGGGCUGUCCUGGACUCCCUGCUGGAGGGCAAGGCUCAGUGGGGAAGCAACAUGCAGGUGACCUUAAUCCCAACCCAUGAUUCAGAGGUGAUGAGAGAAUGGUAUCAGGAGACCCAUGAGAAACAACAGGACCUUAACAUCAUGGUUUUGGCAAGCAGCAGCACUGUCGUGAUGCAAGAUGAAUCUUUUCCUGCAUGCAAGAUUGAACUGUAAAAAAGAGAAAAGAAAAAGCAAUGCUUCACAACUUUAAACUUUGUUUCCAGAAAUUCUUCAAUUUGAAAAAACCUUUUUUAAAAAUGUAAUCCAUCUAAUUCAGCUGCUGAACUAUAUAUACCUGCCAAAUGCUAUACUGUAUCACAGUGAUGCAAGUCACUAUUCUUUUUUCUUUUUUUUUUUCAGUCUUUGCUGAUUGCUAUGGGAAAUAACAGUAUUCCCACCAUAGGGUUCAAAUUACUGCAGAAACUGCAGAUCCAGGUUCAUCUCCGCUGAACACUUGGAAACCAUGCACUAGCAAACACUGCUGACUUCUGCCAGGUUAUGGGGCAUUUGCCCUUGAGAGAAACACAGGGAGAAAAAAGAGAGAGAGAGAGGUAGAGGAGAAUAAAACCAUUAGUUUCGCAUUACUCUCAAAGCAAUCAGUGUAUUGCUUCCUGCACUCUGCCAUCACAUAAAAAGAAAGACGUACGUUUGCAUCAGUCUGAGUUAUUGCAAGAGCGGGCGUUUUUAAUUUAGUGACAAAAUAGCUAGAAAAAUAAGUGAAACUGAGCGUGGCUUUGAAGGCACAUGAGAUCCAAAACACUCACUUGCUGUUAGCAACUUCACUUUUAAAUGCUUCAUACUCACUUAACAUAAUUCUCUUAGGCAAUAUAUGCUAGUAGUUUGAACCUCAUUCAAUUUAACAUGCAAACAUGUUGAUCUAAGGCAUGCUCCCAAUGAAAAUCCACCUAGUCCUCUCAAAUUUGACAAACUUGCAUGCUGAAACACCCAAGUCACAGUCAAGUUUACUGAAGCAAAAUACCAAAGCAGUUGGGAGUACCUAUGGUAGACAAUUUGCCUUAGAAAGUGACUUGAAUGUACAAAGAUACUUGAUGCACUUAUUUUUUAAUGCAAGAUAGCAAGUUUAUAAAACAUCUGUGUAGGAUUAUAGUUACACCAGUUCAGAAGUAUGCGUGUGCAUGUGUGCUACUGGAAACCUCUCUGAUUGGUCAAACAGCUUGGUGCUAUGAAUUAUGUAUGUAAGUGGGACACUUCAUUGGGGCACCUGAACAGCAAGCCGUUCUUGAAAGUUUGUUUUUUCUCCUUUUUUCUGCUUUAUGGAAGCAUGAAAGAAAGGGUGCCCAGUACCCGAAAUGCAAAACGUAACAAACAUACAGAAUGUUGCAAACAGGUUCUCUGCACGUCUGUACAGUCUUUUGAAGCCUUCGUUUGUCUUACAUUCUUUUGACUGUUUAAUUUAAGAGUGAAUAAUGGGAACAAAUGUACAGAAGAAUUUUUUUAGCUCUGUGUGAACUUUUAAUAGAUGAAUUUUUAAACAGACGUUUCGUUUACAGGGAAUCGCAAAGAAAAAAAAUCAGGUGAAGGCAAAUUUUUUAGUAGUUUUGUAAGACAAAAUGCGUAAUGUUGUUUUGAGGUUCUGGUGAGAAUGAAGUAUGAUAUUGCAGUAACAUAUUUAUUGAACACAGUUGACUGCCAAGAAUUCUUUUGCAGGGAGCACGCUAACAAAUAUAGUUAUAUGUUAGUGAUUGAAGAAUUGAGGACUGAAAGGCUAGUUGGCUUCCUUUUUAACCAGGAGGCAGCUUAGGUUCUGGGCUGGCUCAAGGGCGCACACAACCCAGUCGGUAACUUGUGGCAGCAAUAUUUUUCAUGGUACCAAUGAAAGCAGCUUACGAUUGGGAAUUGCACUGCUGCAUCUUCUGUGACAUUGCAAGCAAUCCUGCCAUGCACCUCUCAAACUGCCCAGCACUGCAGGUUGGGGCAACCUAGUUCUACCUAGGUUUCCUUUCUCCUUGUAUUGUCUUGAGUAAAAUUAGCUCAAGGAAGUCAAGCAGUUUCUCUUCCCAGUAUUUAUAGAUCCCUCCCAAAAGUAAAUCCAGGGCUGUGUGUAUGUUGUAAUUCUGUGAGACCACAGAAGAGCUGUAGAAUGUGGACCUG